AGGCAGCAACCCCGAACAUCAGGACUCAGCUGUCACAGACACUGGCAGCUGUCAUCAAGUCUGCAGCCUGAAGAAGAGAGGAGAUGGCCCUCCAUAUAGCUUUUGUUCUUUUGGUGGCUGGCUUCUGCCCUGCUGUCCUCUCCAAACCAGAUGGCACAUUGGGAAAGGAAACCACAGUCCGGGAAGACCAAAACAAUGGGACACAAGUGGACAGUCUAACCCUGGCCACCAUCAACACCGACUUUGCCUUCAGCCUCUACAAGGAGCUGGUUUUGAAGAAUCCAGAUAAAAACAUUGUCUUCUCCCCAUUCAGCAUCUCAUUUGCCUUGGCCUUCCUGUCCCUUGGAGCAAGCAGCAACACCCUGGAAGAGAUUCUGGAAGGUCUCAAGUUCAAUCUCACAGAGACCCCUAAGGCAGACAUCCACAGGGGCUUUGGCCACCUUCUCCACAUGCUCAGCCGGCCAGGGGACCAGGUGCAGAUCAGCACAGGCAGCGCCAUGUUUGUUGAAAAGAACCUGCAGAUCCUGGCAGAGUUCAAGGAGAAAGCAAGGGUCAUGUACCAGGCUGAAGCCUCCUCAACUGACUUCCAGCAGCCUCAUGAGGCCAAAAAGCUCAUCAAUGACUAUGUGAGCAAACAUACCCAGGGGAAGAUCAAGGACCUGAUCUCAGACCUGGAUGAUCAGACGUUAAUGGUGCUGGUGAAUUACAUCUACUUUAAAGGGAGAUGGAAGGAACCCUUUGAUCCUGAUUCCACAUUUGACUCUAACUUCUACUUGGACAACAAGAGGACUGUGAAGGUGCCCAUGAUGAAGCAUAAGUUCCUGACCACACCCUACUUCCGUGAUGAGGAGCUGUCCUCCCACGUGGUGGAGCUGAAGUACACAGGCAAUGCCAGCGCCCUCUUCAUCCUCCCUGACCAAGGCAGGAUGCAGAAGGUGGAAGCCAGCUUACAGCCAGAGACCCUGCGGAGAUGGAAGGACUCCCUGAGGCCCAGAAUGAUCGAUGAGCUCUACCUGCCCAAGUUCUCCAUCUCCACUGACUACAGCCUGGAGGGCAUCCUUUCACAGCUGGGCAUCAGGGAAGUCUUCUCCACACAGUCUGAUCUGUCUGGGAUCACAGGGGACAAGGACCUGAGAGUCUCUAAGGUGGUCCACAAGGCUGUGCUGGAUGUGGCUGAGAUAGGUACAGAAGCAGCUGCUGCCACAGGAUUCAUAAACACAGGAUCAGCUCUAAUUCUGAACCCUCUGAAAGUGCAUUUCAACAGGCCAUUCCUGAUGGUUGUCUCUGAAACAAGCACUCAGACUCCACUCUUUAUGGCCAAAGUCACAAAUCCCAAGCAAAUCUAGAACUUCCCAAGUGUUGAGGUGCCAGAGAUUAAACCUG